UAGUCAGCACAGAAGAAAGAAGGGAGGGGGAAGGGUAAACACUGCUGGCUGCAAACACAGAUGAUGGAGACAGGACAAGUGCAAGGUUUAUGCUGUCUCAUAAUUGUAGGCCUUUUACUAAUCACCGCGACCAGCUCCGCAAAUGCUAGAUAUAGAUCAUCAUCGGAUCCAGUGACCCCAUGUGAAGCACCUUUGCAAUGGGAAGGCAGGAUAGUAGUGUACGAUCACAACAGCGGUACAAACACUAGGGCAAAUGUCACUUAUGAUGCCAAACAGCAGAGAAUUCGGAUUCUGGAAGACAGAAAAAGCCUGAUACCCUGCAAGAGAUUCUUUGAAUAUAUCUUUCUGUACAAAGAGUCGUUGAUGUUUCAGAUUGAACAGGUUACUAAAACCUGUGUUAAGAGCGCUCUGACUGCACAAUGGGAUCCAUUUGACAUACCUGAAAAUUCUACCUUUGAAGAUGAGUACUACAUUGGAGGACCUGGGGACCAAAUCAUAGUCCAGGAAUGGUCUGACAGAAAGCCAGCCAGAAAAUAUGAAACCUGGGUUGGAGCGUAUACAGACAAGGAUUGUUACCCAGUGCAAGAAACCUACACCAAGAAUGAGAGCAUGACUACCUCCACGCGAUUCUUUGACUUAAAGCUAGGCAUAAAAGACCCAUCUGUAUUUACCCCUCCAAGCAGCUGCCAAGCGGCACUGACACAGUUAAUGAGUGAUGGCUGCUGAAAUCAGCAAGGCUUUCAUAAGGGACUUAUGCAGUAUGUAGUUGAAAUCAGUUUAAAUGUAGAAAGGAUAACAGUAUUUUUGUCAUGCUAAAAUAAAAAGUUAACGUUACACAUAUGUUUUUAUUAUACAAUAUAGCUGUAUUGCCCCAAUUUUUUGUGACCUGAAUCAUUUAAAAAGCAAUACUAGGAAUAAUACCAAAAACAAAACUGUCUGUGCAACUAUGUGCUGAUAACUAUGUACUGAUGCCCUAACUGCCCCUAGCAGCCAGCUACCACUUAAAAAGCAUUUCACACCAAUCUAAACAUAAAUACCAAAAAAUAAGUGCAGCA